AUGCAUUCUCACUUCUCCACUGCUGUCCUCGCGGUGCUUUUCCGCAUUACCCUUUGUGAUACCUUCUACUACGAGGGUAUUAGCAGUGUGGUAACCUCUACUUUCACUCCCAUCACCUACUACUCUCCAACCACCUUGAUCUCCUCUGCCCAUCCAGCUAGCACGGAGAUAGCAGCCACUGACCACUCUACAACUCCUACUUAUUACACAUAUCCCUCUUAUUCAACGAGCAAGUCAACUUCCACAGAACAAACGACCUAUAUACUACCCACUAGCGGACUUCCAACUACAACCGAACCCACUACUUAUGUAUAUCCCACAACUACCACAUCUUCAUCGUCAAGCACCUGCGUAUCUCCAACCUUCACCUGGACGGAACCCACCACUGUUCCUACAGAUAUACCAAGCUAUGGCAGUUACCGCAUGGGGAAACGUGCUGACCCUCCCAAGCUCACACCAGACCAAAUCGAGAAACUCAGAAAGCUCAUCCGCAUAUAUGAUGCGAUAGAGAAGGCAAAGCCAGUAAUAGAUAAAGCAAUUGAAGACGGUCUCACUGAGUGUCAAGAUUUCAAGGAUUUAGUUGCUAUUCUCAAAUUGUUCGCGCCUAUUUUUGAUGGACUUCAGGAAUGGCUUGAUGAACGUCAUUUGUGA